AUGGUCGAACUCACAGACUUUCAACGUCAAGAAAAAGUCGGUGAAGGUACAUAUGGAGUCGUCUAUAAAGCUCUUGAUACCCGUCACAAUAAUCGAGUAGUGGCACUUAAAAAGAUUAGAUUGGAAUCAGAAGAUGAAGGAGUUCCAUCCACUGCUAUUCGAGAAAUCUCUUUAUUAAAAGAAAUGAGAGAUGAUAAUAUCGUUAGACUUUAUGAUAUAAUUCAUUCUGAUUCUCAUAAAUUAUAUCUUGUAUUUGAAUUUCUUGAUUUAGAUUUAAAAAAAUAUAUGGAAUCUAUUCCUCAAGGAGUUGGAUUAGGAGCUAAUAUGGUUAAAAGAUUUAUGAAUCAAUUAAUUAAAGGAAUUAAACAUUGUCAUAGUCAUCGAGUUCUUCAUCGAGAUUUAAAACCUCAAAAUUUAUUAAUUGAUAAAGAAGGGAAUUUAAAAUUAGCUGAUUUUGGUUUAGCAAGAGCCUUUGGAGUUCCAUUAAGAGCUUAUACUCAUGAAGUAGUAACUUUAUGGUAUAGAGCUCCUGAAAUUUUAUUAGGGGGUAAACAAUAUUCUACUGGUGUUGAUAUGUGGUCAGUAGGAUGUAUUUUUGCAGAAAUGUGUAAUAGAAAACCUUUAUUCCCAGGAGAUUCUGAAAUUGAUGAAAUCUUUAGAAUUUUUAGAAUUUUAGGAACUCCAACUGAAGAUAUUUGGCCUGAUGUAUCUUAUUUACCUGAUUUUAAACCUACAUUUCCUAAAUGGUCUAAAAAGAAUUUGGCUGAUUAUGUUCCUACAUUAGAUCUGGAUGGUGUUGAUUUAUUAGAGCAAUUAUUGGUUUAUGAUCCUAGUGGAAGAAUUAGUGCUAAACGUGCUUUAGUUCAUCCUUAUUUCCAAGAAGAUGAUACUAAUGUUAAUAACGUUAAUACUACUAAUACUACUAAUAAUAACAAUAAUAAUAGUACGACAUCAGCUAAUACUGCUAGUAACUCCAGUUCUAAGAAUGAUGGAGAUAAUUAUGAUAAUUAUUCUAGAUCCAUUAAUAUGGGUUAA